CGCGCGGCGUCGCUGGGAGUCGGAGCCGGCCGGCGUCGUCGGAGCGCCCCCGCCAUGAAGCCCAACUUCUCGCUACGACUGAGGGUCUUCAACCUCAACUACUGGGGCAUCCCCUACCUGAGCAAGCACCGGGCCGCCCGCCUGACGCGCCUCGGGGACUUUCUCAACAUGGAGAGUUUCGAUCUGGCCCUGCUGCAGGAGGUGUGGAGCGAGCAGGACUUUCAGUACCUGAAACAGAAGCUGUCGCCCACCUACCCAGCCGCGCACUACUUCCGGAGCGGAAUCAUUGGCAGUGGCCUGUGCGUCUUCUCCAAACACCCAAUCCAGGACACCACUCAGCACGUCUACACCCUCAAUGGCUACCCCUACAUGAUCCACCACGGAGACUGGUUCUGUGGGAAGGCCGUGGGGCUGCUGGUGCUCCAUCUGAGCGGACUGGUGGUCAAUGCCUACGUGACCCACCUGCACGCCGAGUACAGUCGACAGAAAGACAUCUACCUCGCACAUCGUGUGGCCCAAGCUUGGGAACUGGCCCAUUUCAUCCACCACACGUCCAAGAAGGCAGACGUGGUUUUGCUGUGUGGGGACCUCAACAUGCACCCGAAAGACCUGGGCUGUCGCCUGCUGAAGGAAUGGACAGGGCUGUUUGAUGCCUACCUUGAAGCCCAGGAUUUCCAGGGCUCUGAAGAAGGCUGCACCAUGGUACCUGGGAACUGCUACGUCAGCCAGCAGGACCUGAAGCUCUUUCCCUGUGGCAUUCGCAUUGACUACGUGCUCUACAAGGCGGUCCCUGGGCUCUGCAUCUCCUGCAAGACGUUCAGAACCACCACGGGCCAUGACCCUCACAACGGCAGCCCCCUCUCGGAUCACGAGGCCCUGAUGGCCACUCUGUGUGUGAGGCACAGCCCUCCGCAGCAGAACCCCAGCCCCACCUGUGGACCAGCAGAGAGGUCGCCGCUGGUCAGUGUGCUGAGGGAGGCCUGGACAGAGCUGGGGCAGGGCAUGGCCCAAGCUCGCUGGUGGGCCGCCUUUGCCAGCUACGUGAUCGGCGUGGGGCUGCUUCUCCUGGCACUGCUGUGUGCCCUGGCGGCAAGAGACGGGGCCAGAGAAGUGGCCGUCCUGCUCUGGACCCCCAACGUAGGACUGGUGCUGGGGGCGGGCGUGAUCUACCUCUUCCACAUACAGGAGGCCAAAGGCUUAUGCAGGGCCCAGGCCGAGCUCCAGCACGUGCUGGGAAGGGCAAGGGAGGCCCAGGACCUGGGCCCGGAACUCGAGGCAGCUCCACUCCUGGGGCAGCAGGAGGGGGAUGGAGUAAAGGAACAAUAAAGUUUCACACUUGAGUGGUUCUCUCCUC